CACCUAUAGGGACUUACAUUUUUUGUCAGUCCUGAACCUGGUGUAAUUUCAUAACCAAACGUACGUCCGAUCUCUCUUUUCAUCGGUACACUCGUGAUGGCAGACGCUAAAGUAAAAACACCAGCGAAGCCAUCGGCUUCUGCUACCCCAGCAAAAAAAGUUGGAAAACCCAGGAAUUACGAUCUUGGUAAUGGUGUUUACCGAUUCAGCCGAACCCGUAAGUUCCAUAAGAAGGCUAUCUAUAAAUUUUUGGACAAGAAAACACCUAAAACCGUGAAACCCAAGAAACCAGUAACAAUUGAAAAGAAAAUCAAUGGUGAUAAGAAUGGAGGUACCCGAGUCGUACGUUUGUUGAAACGCCGGGCGAAUUACCCAACCGUUGAUCCAGUUACCGUGCACCAUGCUAAGAAGUGCUUCCGGGACCAUACGAGAUAUGUUCGUCCAUCAUUAGUUCCUGGAACUAUUUUAAUUCUUCUCGCUGGUCGACACAAGGGCAAGCGAGUUGUCCUUCUCAAGGUGUUAAAGAGCGGAUUGCUCUUAGUUACUGGACCAUUCCUAAUCAACGCUUGCCCCAUGCGCAGGGUGAGCCAAAAUUAUGUCAUUGCAACAUCAACGCGCUUAGACAUGAGUGCUGUCCAGAACUUGGACAAAUAUAACGACGAUUACUUUAAGAGAAAGCGGGAAAAACGCGCAAAGAAAGAAGAGGGUGAUAUCUUCACCAAAAAAGCUGUAGAAUACACAGCCAGUGAUGAGCGUAAGGCUGAUCAAAAGAUCGUGGAUAAGAUGGUCAUAAAUGCGAUUAAGGCACACCCUGAUAAAAAAAUGUUGUUUACUUAUUUGUCAGCAAUGUUCGGACUCAGAAGUAGUCAAUAUCCACACAGAAUGAAAUUUUAGAUUGGGAUUUCAACAGUUGAAUAAAAUAAACAAAAAAUUUA